AUGUCGGCAUCAGGCGGCGCGCACCAGGGCGCGGGACGCUUUUACGGUAAGGAGUCGUUCAAUCCUCGGAAGAUCCUGGCGCAAAUGACUGUUUUGCAGAGUGCCUGGUACUUGCUCUUCGUCUCAACAGUUUCAAUGGCAAAUCACGCCAGCGGAAUGGAUCUGAGUGCGUCGCAGUUCUUCGUCCCAAGCGCCUACACGUUUCACACGAAAAGAGGGGUACUAAGUAAUUACUUUUCUUGAAGUUAUAUAUAAAUAUAUAAUUAUAAUGUUUCUGUUUGUUCUUGUACGAGGUUGCAUAUCUAAGCACUAGAUGACUAACGACUGUUGCCAGACAACAUCAGACCGGAUGCGAGGCAAGAAGAAAUGAUUUUAGCGGUAAAUAGCGAAAAGAACUGGUCAGCAAAACGAAGCCUUCCACAGUUGCCAACUUUUUCAUUUUGUACUAGUUUCAUACUGGUGAAUCCUUGCUUCUGUUUCUAUUUUCAUACGUAGGUGACGCUGAUAUUUGGUCAGUGGAUCUGCAGCCUGAUUUUUGCUCCAUUUUUAAGCUUCAUUAUCGAACGUGCGAAGAAAGUGUUGGACUUCUGCGUGACAAUUCAGUUUUGGCAUCUAGUUCUGUGCAUUUUUUCGCACGAAUUUCCUGGUCUAGCGUGGUGGGGCGUUUCGCUCGUCGGCUGCGUUGUUGGAACGCUGCUCUCCGAGGCGAUCUGCAUGCGAUGGGAACUGCAGGACAUUGAGUUGGGCGGAAACAACAAGUACGCGCCUGUGGCCACAGUUGACCACGAUGCGGAAGAUGAUUUGAGUGCAACGACGCCGCAGCAGCAUUUUGCCAUCCCGGUAUUGAAACCAGGAGGUCAUGAAACGGGUAAUGCGACACCAGGGGGGCCUAGUAUGGUGGGAACGAGUAGCGCGGCUGCUCCACCUGUUGCUAGUGCUAGCAUCCAAAUGCAGAACACGAAUAGUCGCGGCGGCCAAAGUAGUUCGGUCAUGACGCUUCCUAUAGGAAAUAACGCUUACGUAAACAAUAAUAUGCGGGACACGCCGGGAAGCACAGAAAGUGUGAUAGAUGCGAUGAUUGAUGAAGAUAUGAAGGAAUUAGAAGUAAGAAAUUCUCCUGACAGGCGAGGAAAGUGA